CUUCGCCGUGAGCAAACAGCCGCACACGAGGCGCACACUCGCACAAUCCGAGAGCCGCGCGGAGAGGUCGCGGACAGCGGGGGCGGGGAGCUAUGCCCGAACGGAACGAAACGAUACGAGCGACAAAGUACAACUAAAAACAGUUUAACAGACAACCGCGGCGUGGUAACGUGCGUCGCUCGUUUCUGUAAUGUACGUUCAUCCGAAAUACAUUCACGGCUCUUAGAUUAAAUAGGAAAUUACUUACGUGUGAAUAAUUAUUAUCAUAAGCGAAAGAGAGUGGUAUUUGAGUUGGAGUGUAAGUGUGACGUUAACAGAGGUGUACCUACCUAUGCGAGUGUGUGUGUCGUGGCGUGGAUCGUCGCGCAAUUAUUAACGAUGAUUCACUUGCGCGCGGGUGAAAUGCAGCCUAUCGGACUUGUUGACAUAUGUUCAGGAGGAGUAAACAAAUGAUAUCAAGAAUACUCCUAAUAUAAUGGUGGAUUGAUUCAUUGUCCCGCGGCCGGUCCGAAAGUCGCGUAAAAGAUGCCGCUAACUCAAGAAAAACGCUUGGAUAAUUUCUCUAACAACAAUGACCACAGCUAUCUUCAUAAAAAGUUCAAAAAGAUGGCAUCUACUAUGUCAAUGCUUCCGAGUAGUUCGAUCAAGGGGGAAGAAAGUGGAUAUCAUGAAACCAGUCUUUUACAAGUUACUAGUAGUUCUACUAUAAGCAACGGAAGUAUUGCAGCAGCUCACCCAGAAAUAGAAAAAAUUAAAAAUAUAUACGAUAAACGCAGCAUGGAUGUGGAAAAAAAUGUACAAACUAAUUUUAACGAUGAAAACUUUAGCUUAAGUGAUGUAAAUAGUUUUGUUCAAAUACCUGGUAAAACCAGUUUUUCUGAAGAAUUUUUAAAUAAGACUGAAAACCUUGAAAAUGAUUUUAUAAAGGAAACUUACAGUGGAGGUACAGGACGAUAUAUAUGCCCAUAUUGUAAGAUAUCAUGUGCCAAGCCUUCAGUUCUACAAAAACAUAUCAGAGCUCAUACAAAUGAGAGACCGUUUCCAUGUAUACCUUGUGGAUUUGCUUUUAAAACAAAAUCAAAUUUAUAUAAACAUAGAAGAUCAAGAACGCAUGCUUUGCGAUUACAAGGUGCUGAUAUUGCCAGCGCAAUUAACGAUGAUGAGCUGUCCGGUGAUUCCGAAAGUGACACUUCAAUUCCACCAACGUCCUUAUCAGGUUCAGAUAGGGAUCAGAGUUCGGAUACUUCAAUGAUUCGAUCAGAAAAGAGACCUAAUGAGUUUUCCUCUCCAGAGUUAACCAAUGACAGUAACAAUAUGACACUACACAUACUUUCUACUUUAAAUGACAACAAAUCGAAAACUAUUUAUAAACCCAAGUUCAGAGCAGCUUUUUAUCAUGGAAUGGAUGAGAAAGAUAAGAUAAAAAAGACUAUUUCACAGAAUGCUGACUUUUUUACGGAACAUAUCUCUAAAAUUAUAUCAGAUAAUGAGGCCAUUAUUGAUGUUAUUGAAACUCCUUUACAAAAAAAGUAUGGCAAAAUUAAACAAAUUGCGGAAAGUAAGCAAUUUUUAAAUGAAAUAGAAAUUACACCAGAACUGACACCAUUAAAUUUAACGAAAAAUUGUUACGAUACGGACAAUUUGAUACGAAAGAGGUCUCACUCAGAAAGUUUUGCACAGAUCCUUGAAGAUCAAAAGCAUCCACUAAAUCCCGAAGGUUCAAUAAUUAAAGAUCUGCUUCUGAAAACUAAGGCCAAUGCACUUAACCCUGUGACAAAUGAAAUAGUUGAUGGGUUGGGACCUCUCUAUGUUUGUCCUGUAUGUCAAAUAGUAUAUAGAAGUGCUGAUAACUUAGACGUUCACAGGUUAUAUUAUUGCAAAGGUGCCCUAUCGAACAAUUCCACAGUAGUAAAUAAUGCUCAAAAAGAAGUAAAAAGUGCAAGACCAGAAAACAUAUUUUUUAGAAGUAAUUCCAUUAAUGUUCGAUUGCCUGAAAAUACGAUGACUCCAGGUUCCAGAACUAACAUUUCGAUUAAAUCGCCACCUUUAAAAAAUAAACCUGAUAAUCUUGUGAUUUUAAAGCCAGAUUGUAAUGACGUGAUUGCCCCGUUACCAUCUCCAGGACCACUACUUGGUAACACGAGACUUGUGGAUUCUAGAUUACCGUCUGAAUUCAAUAAAAAGACUGAGACAUUAAAAAUAAGGCCUAAAGAAUCUAGUCCAAAGCGACGACUUGAUAGCAGAUCAGAAACAUACAGUCCACGUCUACUUGAUAACUCAUCACCUCGGUCUGCAGACAUAUAUUCUCAACCUAAAAUGAGAUGUAUGGAAAUAAAUACGUCUUCUUUGAGAUUAAUGGAGGAAAUGUCACCACACAUAAGGCAUAAUUCUACGUCGCUUCAAAUGUUUGGAGGUGAAGUAAAAAUUGUUGAUCACUCUGGCAGUACUACAACUCUACGCAUUGAACCCAGUAAAACUCAACUAUCUCCCAUUUUAAUACAUCAAAAUCUUUCACCUUCAAAGUACGCUAAUGAUUUAGAAGCAAGCAGCGUUGUCGUAAGAUCAGGUCUUCAUUCUGGAGGCACAAUUGUCCAUAAUCCUCCUACACCAAAAGAAACUGUUAGCACGCCUCAGAUUCAAACCUCCAGGAUUUCAGCGUCAACUCCGACCGCCCAAAGUUCAAACUUGCUAAAUAUUCAUGACAUAACUCACUUCCAAUUUCCACCGUUAAGUGCCAUUACAGCAUAUAAUCCCUUAACGCUGCCUCCGCUUAGUCCCUCUUCGUCACCUAACGGCGCUACAACUAUAUUUCACGGGGGCAAACUGAUACCUCAUGUCCCAGGAAUACCUGGUCCCAAUACCCCUGGCUUACUGGUCGGAAAUAAUAACAUACAAAUAAAAAACAAUGAGUCUAUUAAGAACGUGGGCAAGUUAGAGAACAUUUCAGAUAAUUCAUCAGUUAACAUGCCCAGAAAAGGAAGUACAAAUUACGACAGAAUUUUUAAUUCGAAAAGUCCUAAUACAAAAUUUUCUACUAACGAAAUAGAGAGACAUAGCCAAAAUAAAGAUAGUUACAAUGCAGAAUUACAAAGCAUUUCAACCGUGCCAAUUAUAAAAAUUAAACACGUAGAUGAACCUGUUCCUACUACUUCAUUUCCAGCUAACAAUAAUGUCAGAGUAGCUUUACGAACUGAAGGUGCUGUUAAACGAAAUGCUGAGGGGUUUCCAAGAAUGCCUGUAUUGAAAGAAAAUACAAAUUAUUUAUUUAUUAAGAGCAAAGUCAAGGAUUCUAAUUUUCAAUCUUCUAAAAAUGCCGAUAGUAAACCUGAAAAUGAAAUAAAAAAAUUCAAUUUCGAAAAUCUGAUAACUAAAGUAGAAAUAUAUAACAAUCAACUACAAAAUUCUUCAGAGCCCCAGAAAAAUUGUAAAACUCUGGAAACAUGCGCCACAUCAAUUCAGAACGAAAGAUCAGAAACAUCCUACUUUCAAAAAAAUUUAGCAGCAAAGACACUAAGCGAUGAGAGAAAACCUAAGUUUUUAAGACCAUCAACAUUGCCUCUAAAACCCGGCACAUUUACUCCAAAAAAACACCAUGGAAUAACACCUAAUGCCAAUACAAUGCCAUUAAUAUCUCCCGAAACUCCCCGCCCAGCAAAAGCUUAUGGGCAACUCUAUCUAAAUGGCAAUGCUUACACGUACUUGGGUUUGAAAUGCUCAACUAAAGUUUUUUACUGCACUAUCAAUCGUCCACAGCCAACUUAUGUACCGAAUCAACAUUUCCUAUCGAUGUAUAGUAAUUGGCAGUUAUUAUCUGAGCUGACGCCAGACCCGCUGGGACUGUCAGCAUCGUCUGCUAUGUCUCUAUAUGACUCACGUCAUCGACCGCAAAACGUGGCUGUAGCUGUGAUUAAACAGGAUCUCAUAUUGACUCAUUCAUCGCAAUGGAACAAAAAUCCGAAGGACAAUAAACAGAUUAUACCUUUUAUGGAUACAAGAAGGUCCGACGAAUUGAGAAAUAUUGCUGAAAAUAUUGCAACAUCCAAAAAAGAAGUAACUGGUGGAUUCGAAAGUAAUGAAGAAUAUACAUAUGUACGUGGUCGUGGCAGAGGACGUUACGUUUGUUCUGAAUGUGGGAUUCGUUGUAAAAAGCCCUCUAUGCUGAAGAAACACAUUCGAACUCACACUGAUGUCCGACCUUACACAUGCGUUCAUUGCGUUUUUAGCAGACAUUUCAGCUUUAAAACAAAGGGCAACUUGACAAAACACAUGAAAAGUAAAGCUCAUUACAAAAAAUGCUGCGAGUUAGGAAUAAAUCCAAAUGACGGGAAUGACGGCGAAGGUGUCGAAAUGGCGCAGUGCUCAGGUGAAACCGAUGACGAAACUGAUUCGGACGGCGAUGAAGGGAAUGAAGGCGAAACAGAGUCAAGUGAUACAGAGAUUUGUAAAUCUCGACUACCAGAACACGAAGCUGCUCACUGUUUACUAUCGUUAGGUGGCAGUAGACCGGCUACAUCGGCGACUCCUGGGUUAAUAACUAGUGCCAGGCCUACUACUUAUCCUUAUACACCCGUCUCAAUAGACAGUGAAGCAGAUAAUACUUCAGAGAAACUACAAACCUUGGUAGACUCAAGAAUGGAUGUUGAUAACGAGCCAAUGGAUCUUAGCAAAAAUGAAUUAAAAACACCCAAUAACGUACCAGAAAUACCAACUGCGAGAGAAUCCAGUGUUUUGGCAUCGUUAGCUUCAAAUACAGCUAAGCUACCUCAACAUCAGAGCCAGUGGGUCAAUGGAGAACCAAUGCUGCACACGUAUUUAACAGAACGGGCUCUAUUAGACUCUAAAAUAAAACAAAGUCAACUAACAUGUAAUCCUAAAACAAGAAAAAUUGAUUUGGAGAGCGCCAUGUUUCCGAAUACCGAUGGAUAUGAAAAAGGGCAUAAAAAGACUUUAAAUACUUUUCCAGUAAAAAUAAAUACUCAUGAAAUGAUCGACAGGGGGCCUGUUACUAAAAACGAUACUAUCAUUAAGGAAAUUUCACAAAGUUCGACAAUGACCCUUAACAAUGAAACUAUAGAUAAAUCUCCUAGUAAUCUGCGUUUAGAAAAUGCUCAACCCAAUGUUGAACAUGCAAAACACGGUAGAAUUAAACUUUUAAAAGCGUUUGAUAACUCUUUAGAAAGUCAUCCAGAUAGUAUAGCAAGUGACGAAAGUAACGGGGGUAAAAUACAAGUAGAAGAAAAAGCAAGAUCGGACGAGCACCGUGAAGUCAAUGAAAUAAAACCACCUCUAUCAGAAUAUGAUUUGGGGGCAAGUAAUGUAGAUACUGAAGGAACGAAUUUAGACAGUACUUCUUAUUCAUCUGAAAAACUGAUGGAAGAUGACCAGCGUGUAUGUUUUUUUUGUAAAGAAACAUUCACUAAACCACCGAGGCCCUUUAGAUGUAAUAUAUGUGCUGUAAGUUUUCGUACGAGAGGUCAUCUAUUAGUACAUGAACGUUCAGCAUCCCAUAAUAUUAAAAUUUCAAUGGCACCCAAUUCGGACAAUGCUAAACACGUGGUUUCGGAAUAUUUAAAGCAUUCCAGAAUAAAUCCCAUGAUAUCCCUUGAUGAUUCUGUUCAAAAUCAUCGAGAUAUAUCAAGCGACGAAUGCGAUGGGAGCAAGACACCCUUGCAAGAAAAAACUAGGAUGGACAAUAAUAUGGACGGCGAGGGAAUGAAAUUGCCUUUAUCUGAGUAUGAGGCCAUGGCAUCUAACGACGUUACUGAAGGAAAAAAAAUCGAAACAGAAGACGAUUGGAGAGACUGUGAUUUCUGUAACAAAAUGUUCCGAGAACCGGCACAAUUAAAAUUGCAUUUGAAUAUACAUUACAUGGAGAGGCCGUUUAGAUGUAGUGUUUGUGCUGUUAGUAAUCGGACUAAAGGGUAUCUUCAAAAACAUGAUCGUUCAUCCUAUCAUAGUAAUAAAGUUACAAAGAAACCCAAUUCAGAAAACGCUAAAUAUGUAGUUUCAGAAUAUUUAAAACAUGCCCGAUUAAAUCCCAUAAAAAAUUUGGAUGAUCCUUUACACGUUCAACCAGAGAUGUCAAGUGACGACAGCAAUGCAGGUAAGAUUCCGUUGGAAGAAAAAACAAGAUUAGAUGAAAGUUCGGAAGGUGACGGAAUGAAAUUAACUCCAACAGAAUACGAUGGCAACCAAUUUGACUCCGUAGCACCUAAAGUAGUAAUUGGGGUGGGAGGUGUAGCAUUCAAAGUAACGAAAGGAAAAGAAUUUGAAGGCACUUCUUACUCUCCAGGAAAACUAAUGGAAGAUGGGCGAAGAGUUUGUGAUUUUUGCAACAAAACGUUCACAAAACCAUCUCAACUAAGACUUCAUCUGAAUAUACACUACAUGGAGAGGCCAUUUAGAUGUAGUGUAUGCGCUGUAAGUUUUCGAACGAGAGGUCAUCUUCAGAAACAUGAGCGUUCAGCCUCUCAUCACAAUAAAGUUUCAAUGACAUCUACAUUCGGUGCAGCGACAUCAUUCAAUCCGCGACCUUUUCGCUGUUCAGAUUGUAAUAUAGCAUUUAGAAUACACGGACAUUUAGCUAAACAUCUUAGAAGCAAAAUGCAUGUGAUGCGUCUCGAGUGUUUGUUUAAAUUACCGUUCGGUACUUUUACCGAAAUUGAGCGAGCAGGCCUCAGUUUAACGGAUAUCGACACGACAGAUUGCGCCAGUUCGCUAGCCAGUCUGCAGUCGCUGGCAAGGAAGUUGCACGAAAAAGAUCCCACGAAGCUGGAAUACAGAGAACCUAGCGAUUCGUUACCGGCUCUACCUCAGACAGGCAGGGACUCUUCGGAAGACGAAGAUUUAGGUAUGAUUACAGAAAAGACUUGUGACAGUGUAAAUGAUAGUGAGAUAAAGACUAUUGAAAAUAAUAAAGGUCAUGAUACCGAACUAAGAGUUAAUUAUAGUGCCACAGAUAAUUAGUGCCAAAAUUAAUGUAAGUAGAUUAUUAUAAUGUGCAAUUUUGUUUUUAUUUUUUAAUUUAAACUGUAAUUAUUCUUACUGGGGUUUAACUCAGUUAUUUGUGAAAACAAAAUGAUGCGCUUUAACUAUAUCCAUGGUUCUAUUUUAUUUUAUAUAUAAUAUGUGUAUAGUUCUGGCGACUAUCAUGUAAAUAUCUUAAAUUGAAGUAGUUUUAAUGUUGUUAUAUUUGCUUCCAUAUUAGGCUUAGUUAUUAUUGUUAUAAUAUACAGCUCUAAAUAAGGAAUAUUACGAUAUUUGUUAAAUCUUCUUGAAUUUGAGGCAAGAAAGGAUAACUCAAUAGGUACAACACAUUCAGUUUUUCAAAACAGUAAUAUUAUGUGGUCCAUGAUUAAGGUUAAAGAAUGUAUAAAAUAUCAUUGAAACAUAUUACAUAUUGAAAAGUGUAGUAUAGUUAUUACUCUUUUGUAUGUAUUUUUAUAAAAUAUAUAACAAUGUAUUUACA